CCGGGGUCCCCGCUCCUUUCUCAACGGGACUUUCUGCUGCAGUUGGUGCUGAGGGGCCCAGGCAAGAGGCUCUGAACGCCACUCCUUUUGCACCCUGAACCCUCCCAAAAUGUCCCCUUCCAGCACGCCCUCUCUGCCUGGCAUGACCUCUGAAGACUGUAUCUGCCUUUUCUUUCAGUCUCUGGUUUCUUUUGAGGAGGUGGCCAUGUCUUUCACCGAGGCAGAGUGGGCACUGCUCGAUCCAGACCAAAGAGCUCUUUAUGAGGACGUCAUGCUGGAGAACUAUGGGAGCGUGGCUUCUCUGGCAGGGGAUGAGCAGUGGAAUGAGAAUGAUGGGACAGUGCUAAGUAAAGUCCAGAGUAAAGAUUUGGAAGGAAUGUUCAGGAAUCGAGGUGGACUCCGCAGACAGGAAGUCACAUGA